GCUGCCCAAUGGAAGAGACGAGAGCGUCUAUAGCGGCUGCUCCUCAUCUCAAACUUCACAGAGGCGUAAUGUGGCUCCUGAACGGCUGAAACCGGGGAUUGUUUACGCUUUUGGACCACCAACGACUUCACUCAACCUUUAGGAUGGAAUAAAAUGCAACUAUGGUGGUGAAUUCCGUACAUUGGUUUCGCAAAGGGCUGCGGCUUCAUGAUAAUCCUGCUUUGCAGGAAGCCCUCAACGGCGCGGAGACUGUACGGUGUGUUUAUAUUUUGGACCCGUGGUUUGCAGGCUCGGCCAACGUGGGAGUUAACAGAUGGAGAUUUUUACUGGAAUCGUUAGAAGAUUUGGACACAAGUUUGAGGAAACUGAAUUCAAGGCUUUUUGUGGUGCGAGGACAGCCAACGGAUGUCUUCCCGAGACUCUUCAAGGAGUGGAAUGUCACACGUCUCACAUUUGAAUACGACUCUGAGCCGUAUGGCAAAGAAAGAGAUGCAGCCAUCAUUAAAAUGGCGCAGGAAUACGGUGUGGAAACCGCGGUACGAAACACUCACACACUCUACAAUCCAGACAGGAUCAUAGAAAUGAACAACCACAGCCCCCCUCUCACUUUCAAGAGAUUUCAAGCCAUUGUGAACAGACUCGAACUUCCUAGGAAACCAUUGCCAACUAUCAGUCAAGAACAGAUGGCCAGGUGUCAGACAAAGAUCUCAGAAAAUCAUGAUGAACGUUAUGGCGUACCCUCUCUCGAGGAGCUGGGUUUUAAGACACAUGGUGACAGCUCACAUGUAUGGAAGGGUGGUGAGACAGAAGCCUUGGAAAGAUUAAAUAAACACUUAGACAGAAAGGCCUGGGUAGCAAAUUUCGAGAGGCCUAGAAUAACCGCCCAAUCACUGUUCGCAAGCCCAACUGGACUUAGUCCAUAUCUACGAUUCGGCUGUCUGUCAUGUCGCGUGUUUUACUACAAUCUGUGGGAACUUUAUAUGAAGCUGCGAAGAAGCUCCAGUCCACCCCUCUCGCUCUUCGGCCAGCUGCUGUGGCGAGAGUUUUUCUACACGGCGGGCACCAACAACCCCAACUUUGACCAUAUGGAGGGAAACCCCAUCUGCGUGCAGAUCCCCUGGGAUCACAAUCCUGAGGCACUGGCUAAAUGGGCAGAAGGUCGGACAGGGUUCCCUUGGAUUGAUGCCAUCAUGACCCAGCUAAGACAGGAAGGCUGGAUCCACCACCUGGCCAGACAUGCCGUAGCCUGUUUCCUCACUCGUGGAGACCUGUGGAUCAGCUGGGAAAGCGGAAUGAAAGUGUUUGAAGAGUUGUUGUUGGAUGCAGACUGGAGCGUGAAUGCGGGCAGCUGGAUGUGGCUAUCUUGCAGUGCAUUUUUCCAGCAGUUUUUCCACUGUUACUGUCCUGUGGGCUUCGGCCGCAGGACGGAUCCCAGUGGAGACUACAUUAGGAGGUACAUCCCGAAGUUAAAAGACUAUCCUAACCGCUACAUCUUUGAGCCAUGGAACGCUCCAGAAUCAGUGCAGAAAGCGGCCAACUGCAUUGUGGGUGUGGACUAUCCUAAACCUAUGAUCAACCAUGCCGAGAACAGCCGGCUCAACAUCGAACGGAUGAAGCAAGUUUACCAGCAGCUGUCACACUACAGAGGCCUUAGUGAGUAA